CCUCCGCAGCUUCGGAACUUCCGGCGCGCUGCCAUCUUGGCUUCCUGACCUUGGCGUGGGGCUCCCCUCUCUGUCAGCUAUGUCGGUCUUCACGCCGCUGCUGCUGAGGGGCCUCACGGGCCCGGCCCGGCGGCUCCCGGUGCCGCGCGCGCAGGUCCACUCCACGCCUCCGCGGGAGCAGCUCGGGACCAUGGACAUGGCCGUCGGGCUCACCUCCUGUAUCCUGUGUUUCCUCCUGCCCUCCGGCUGGAUCCUCUCGCACCUGGACAGCUACAAGAAGCGGGAGUGAAGGGGGCUGUGGCCUUGGCCGGCCAGCGACCACACCCGUCCCUGCAUUCCCAGCUGAGCUGUGUCCAAGGGCCCCAGUGACCCCCCCCACUGGCCUCACCCCGCCCCACCUGAUGGACCAGCACUCCUGCACUCCUGGCCUGGCCUGGGGCCUCUCUUCAAUCAUGUCUUUCAAUUCCAGCCAGGCCUGUCCUGGAUCAUGUCCUUCAAUUCCAGUCAGCUUUUCCUGACCUCCUGGGGCCACCUGUCUGGGUGGGCCCUGCUUCCUGCAGCCCACUUCACAAUAAAGUCAACUGAACCCGU